CGGCCCCGGCCCCGGCCCCGGCUCCAGCUCCGAUACCGACACCGGCCCCGGCCCCGGCCCCGGCCAUGGCGGAGCCGCUGCGGCCCUUCCGCCUGCGCGGGUGCGGCGGCCCGCAGAAGUUCGGGGUGGCGGCCGGGAGCCUGCGCGGGUUGCUGAGGAAGGGCUGCCGGCUGCUGCAGCUUCCCUUGGCAGGCAGUCGCCUCUGCCUCUACGAGGACGGCACGGAGCUGACCGAGAGCUACUUCCGAGCGCUGCCGCCGCAGACGGAGCUGGUGCUGCUGGGCCCCGGGGAGAGCUGGCGGGGCUGUGCCAGCGACAUCGAGCGGCUCCUGGCCGCGUUCUGCAGCCAGCAGGGCGCUGUGGUGGAGGCUGCGCGGAGGCUGCUGACGGACGAGCGGGCUCCUCACAGGCAGAAGCUGCUGGCGGAUCUCAUCCACAACCUGAGCGAAAACAUCCUGGCCGAGGACAAGGAAGACGACAAGAAAUGGUUUGAAGGGCUGGAGUCUCGGUUCAAGAACAAAUCCAGCUACCUGCGGCACAGCUGUGAGAGCAGAAUGCGCGGUUACUUGAGAGAGGUUACUGGUUUUAUUUCAAACGUUCAUCCUACAGCACAAGAUGCCUACAGAGGGAUAAUCGACCUAAUGGCAGAUAAACUGAAAUCUGUGAAAUACAAUGGGUGCUACUUUGACAGAAGGGAGAAGGAAGAGGCAGCACGCCUGUGCACUGCAGAGGGGUGGUUCUCCUGUCAGGGACCUUUUGACAGAGAUGCUUGCUCGUGUAAGCAUUCCAUCAACCCCUACAGCAACAGGGAAAGCAGGAUCCUCUUCAGCACCUGGAAUCUUGACCACAUAAUUGAGAAGAAACGUGCUGUUGUCCCAGAACUGGCAGAAGCUGUCAAAACACGAGAUGGGAGAGAAGUGAACUGGGAAUACUUCUAUCAGCUGCUGUUUACCCUGGAUAAUUUAAAACUCGUACAUAUUGCUUGCCAUAAGAAAACCAAUCAUAACCUCAGCUGUGACAAAACCAGAAUUUACAGAAAGAGGAAGCAAACCCAUGAGAUUUCCUAGUGCUGUCUCUGCUUUUUUUCAAUCAUGUCAGUCUGUUGUUUUUAAAUAGCUCCAAUUUCUUAAAUAAGAACUAUUUGAGAGUCCCUGGCACAAGACUGGCUGGGUAAUCCAGCCAGAGCCUCACAAAGCACACUCCAAUAUCCCAUUUAAUUCUCCUCUCCUGCCUUCCUACUCCUUACAAGCUUCCCUCAGCUCAAAUCAAGUGUGAUAAAGGUACAAAAUGAGCCAAAGGCUGAUACUGAUUCUACCAUGUCAUCUCUGGCCAGCAUUGGCCCAAAACUCAUAGUACAUGGAAAUGAAAUUUGGACAAAACAUUUCUUACAGACUAACCUGCAUGGGCUCACAGAUACCUAUUCCUUUGGAGAUUAAGCCAAACUAAGAAGGAUUUAGGAUCAUAUUUUCCUCUAUCUUUCACAGGCAGCAACCACUGUAUUUCAGGAGUGCCAAAGGUGAUUCAGCAGCAGAGCUGCCACCUCAUCUGUGCCAAACUCCCACCCUCAUGCCCACGUGCCCCUUUGCCUUUGCUUCAGAUGUCUAUCUCCCAGAAAGAAGAGCAAGGCCAUGGCAUUUCUUCACAUUUCAGCUUUUCCAACCUUUGUUUGCCAUCUUCCCCAAAUUUGCUGAUUUCCCCAAUUACCCUUUCUGCCUUUUCAGCUUGAGUUUGCUUGACACACCACCAGCAAGGACAGCUACAAUGAUCAUGUUUACAGUAAUGUUUACCCACUGCCUUGGAGAAUAUUGCUUUGGUAAAACAUUUCCUACCUCAGGCAGCAACAAAUCAGGAAUAGUUCAAUUUUUUACUUGAUUUUUUUUUAUGCCAGCUGAUAGCAACUGAACUUUUGGGAUUGUCAAUGUAAAUGGUGUGAACUUUUUAAAUAAAAAAGUG